CCCGGCUGUGCUGCGAGGGCGAGGGCUACAAGAAGCCGGCGUCCGGGCCAUGGGGUGUUUGGGUCGUCCGCUCGCUCGGCCGGCGUCGGGGCGCGGAGAACUCAGCGCCGGGCUAAGGGAUCGCUGCCGGCGCCACUGCCACUGACUGCGGCUCAGGAUGGGCCGGGUGGGCGAAGCCUCAGGACUCAGGGAGGAAGAGAAGAAGAGCAGGAGAUGAAUUAAGAUGCAGCACACAACGUGCACAGAGGAUAGGAUCCACCAUGCAUUGGAGCGGUGCCUCCAUGGCCUCAGCAGAAGCGGUACUCUCUCUGCGAGCACUUGGACAGCUGGGUUUUGCCUGAAUUGUUGGAGUCUUCAGGAGCUGGUUAGUCGUGAUGCAGGGAACUACCUCAUCCUCCUGGAGAAAAUCCUGCAGAAAACCCAGGAGGUCCAAGAGAAAUGUGACUAUGAUCUUUUUGUUCCAUUGGCCCUGCUUUUUGGUGCAGCAGUCCUGUGUAUACCUCACUUUCCUUCCGAUUCUGACCUGCUCCUGAGAGCCAUACAGACUUACCGUGCCUUUCUCACAUGGCCUGUGCCCUUCUGUAACAUUUGCCAGGAACUGUUGACCUUCAUCAGUAAUGAAGUCAAAGCCCCAGGGAUAUCAUAUCAAAGGCUGGUUAGGACAGAACAAGGCCUUCCUUCAAAGAGUGGUGAAAGUUCAGUCGUAACAGUCCUGCUGUUGAACCCUUCAGAGGUUGAUGGGGAAUUUCUGUCAGUUGCUGAAAGGCUGAGCACCACAGAGCAUUCCCAGCACACGUUACUGGUGACACUCGUGGAGCACAUCUAUCAAGCUAACUUUGGAACCCAGUGUGACUUGGGAAGACUCCGACAAGCACUGAAGCUAAAGUCAGUGGAAGAGUUGAUGGAGAUAUAUACCAGCACCACGGAUGCCCAGGAGAUGGCAGCUGUGAGCAACUGUGACCCUUCCAUAGCUAGGGAGCAGCUAGAAUCUGCCUUGCUGGAGAUUGCAAAGGCAAGAAGCCUUCCUGUAAUCACAGGGGAAGACCAGCCAUGUAAGCUUCGCCUGAUCUCUAUCCCUCUUGCCCGGUGUUAUACCUACAGAUGGGAUACUGAUAAUUUUGAUAUCUUGAAUGAGGUACUAGACAAAGAAGGCUACUACCCAAAACCAGUGGUGAUGGAAGACGAGAAGGAGGUGGACAGUUGCUUUCAUGAAAGAGCGUCGUUAUCCACCCUUACCUCUGUUUCCAAAGACUCUGUGUAUUUGGCUUUGUCCAAGGACAGCCCCUGUGACUCACGGGCAUCUGUCAUCUCCACUCUUUCCAAAGACUCUGAGCUCCCACUCAAGUUUUUUGUCUCCAGCCUGAAGAACUGCAUGGACAGUGGCUACGUGGAAGACAGCGACGAGAGCUCCCCUGAGCUAGUGAGCCACUUCGAUCUGAAGGAGGAGAAAGUGUCCCCUAGGCAUCGGCUGAGCAACAAGUUGUACAAAUUGUUCAAGAGCAAGAGCCAGCUGAUCCUGGGCAGGGAACUGAGGGAUGUUUCAGAGGUAGCCUCCCUCUCUCUGCCGUUACGCCGAGCCGAGAGUCUCUGCAACCCCUUGUCUAAGAACCGCAUCCCUACCCGCUCCCGGCGGGCACAGUCUCUACCACAACAUGUGCUGAGUGCCACACUUUCACAGAACCACGUGUCACAGAAUACCUGUGUCCAGCGCAGGCCGUUCUUGAGCUGCGACGAGGAUACCAAGAUCUCAACUCUGCGAGUGGUUGUGUUUGGUUCUGACCGCAUCUCAGGGAAAGUGGCCCGGGCUUACAGCAGCCUUAAAUCUCAAGAAAGCAGCUGUCCCUGGCUGACCCGGUACUUCAAACUGCAGUUUUACUAUGUGCCUGUGAAGAGGAGUGGCUCUACCUCUUCUGUACCAAGCAACCUUCCUCCUUCUCCAGGCGAUCCCUAUUCCCGCACUUCUGUAUCAAUGGAUCCUAGUUUGGUGAGGACGGAGAGCAGCACAAAUGAUAUCUCCCUAUACAUAGGCAUGCUGGAUCCAUGGUAUGAACGCAACGUUCUUGGCCUAAUGAACCUUCCCACAAGUGUUCUGUGCCAGCAGUCCAUCAAACCUGAAGGCGAACCUUUAGAGGAAACAGCAGAGCAGCUUCCCAUCCUUGCUGACAUGAUUCUUUACUACUGUCGCUUUGCUACUCACCCAGUGCUGCUCCAGGUCUACCAGACAGAGCUUACCUUCAUAGGAGGAGAGACAAAGACUGAGAUUUUCAUCCACUCCUUAGAGCUGGGCCACUCAGCAGCCACGCGGGCCAUCAAAGCUUCUGGUCCAGGAUGCAAGCGAUUGGGCAUAGACGGAGACAGAGAAGCAAUCCCACUAACACUACAGAUCGCCUAUAGCAAGAGGUCGGUCAGUGGAAGAAGUCGCUGGAGUGACACUGAGAAAGUCUGCACCUCUGUGAACCUCAGCAAGGCCUGUAAGAAGCAGGAAGAGCUUGGUUUGAAAACAGAAUGUUUGACACUCACUGCAACAGAGGUGAUCAAGAGGCAAAGCUCCAAGUCUAAGAAGAGUUUCAACCAGCAAAUCAGUGUGUCACAGAUAAAAGUGGACAAAGUCCAGAUCAUAGGAGUCAACUGUUCCUUUGCUGUCUGCUUGGACCAGGAUGAGCGGAAGAUUCUGCAGAGUGUCACCAGGUGUGAAGUCUCGGCCUGCUACAAGCCCAAGAUCAGUGAGCCCUGCAGUGGAGGAAAACCUGUUUCAUCUUUCCCUCCCCAGGAUUCUUCAGAUUUCUGCUCUCUUCUGUGUUUGCCCAUUGCCACCUUCAGUGGGGCACUGCCAUAGGGAAGCUGGAAAAGAUGGACUGUGCGACCCCACUUCCAGCACCUGGUACUGAUCAUAGUUUCUAUCAGACACCCCAUGGAUCAGAGCUUGCUGCCAAAUGUUCAUCAGGCAGAGGUUAGUCAGGGUGAGUGUGCGUGUUAUGCUGCCGUCUCCACCCCUAUAUUUGGGUGGCCUGGCUUUGGCCAGAUUGUUGUAAGACAGCCCUCCUAAACUGGGGCAGGAAACACUUGGCAUUCUUGGAACAGAAGCACAUUUCUUAGAGAAAAGAAACAUUGACCAGCAAAUUGUUGGGGCUACACCACUUUUGCUCCCCAGUUGGUGGUUUUUUUUUAUUUUAAAAGAUCACCUGAAACUCAGGAUGGCUGUUAAAGGUUUGUGUCAACUGGAAGUUGGGAAAUAAGAUCAAGGAGAAAGGGACAUACCACUCCCUUUGUCCCCUACUUCUUCCCAAAUGUAUGGCUGGCUGGCUGCAAGGGGAGAGAAAAACUAGAAGAGGCAAUGAUGAGAAGCAAAGUAUUUUCUGUACAAUGCCCUAAUCUGACAAUAAAUAUUAGAUGACCCAGAGUACUCCUCUAUAUAAAAGCCUGGAAAGGAACACACUAUUAGCCCCAGUUGUUCAGGAGGGUGGGCAAGAAGUUCCCUUCACUCUGGAUGAAUCUCUAAAGAAACAAGUGCCAUUCACCUCAUUUCCACAGGAACUAGUGGCUCCGAGUAGUUCUUAGCCAUGGGUGCCUUCAUUGCCAACUCUGUAAAUUGUGUAAAUGUGCAGCAUUAUUUAAGACUAAUAAUACUGUUUGGAAGGCAUGAGCCAUUCCGGCUUUGGGUCAGAUUGUGGCAGGACAAACCAGACAUUUUGCCCUCUGGGUGAAAAAUGCAAUCCCCCUAAGACCUCUGCCGGUCUCUCACCUGUUGAAUGUGAAGAUGGAACUUGUAUUGCCUAUCUUGCCACUCCUUCCAUCAGCUUUGCUCAGUUUGCAAAUGCUUCCAGGUAGCUCCUGUCCAGAUAGCAGGACUUCACAUUCUUAUAGGUCAGGAGUUACCCACCUAUCGCCUCCUCUUGUUUUCAAUCACAAGACCCAUAACCUUAUGACAUUGAUCAUGCUGGGUGGGGCAUCUGGCAGUUGGAGUCCAGAACAUCUGAAGAUCAAAUGUUCCCCAUGCCUGUUAUGGUCACUGAUAUUGGGCAAUGGCAAAUGCAGAAAUUUCACUGCAGUUUAAAGUGCAAUUGUGGUAUAGUUAAUUUGAGGGUGCAUAUUUGUACUUCUCUGCAAAUCCUGAAUGAGUGCCAGGGUUUCUUUAGGAUUGUCUUUCAUUUCCAAGGAAAUGGAGGGUGGUGUCUGCUCUUGGGUCUCACCUAUUAGGACCACCCAAUAGAAGGUUCAGAGACAGUUGUGGAGUUUGUGAAUUUGAAUGGCUCCCACUAAGUGCUAGGUAACAAGCCCCAAUGCAACUGAAAGAGAACAAUCCUGGCUUCUCCUGCUCUAAUGGGAGGGCAUUGUACAUAUAUGGUUUAUAUUCCUCCAGGAACAGCAAAGCCAUGUCCAGCUGAGAAACGUAGGUAGCACUGAAGUCCAAACACCAUUUUACUUGAAUGAAUCUAUUUUUAAAAAAAUUGGAAAAAUGAUGUUUACAUGCUGGUUUUGAGGGGAAAAUACUUAGCUAAGGAGCUCAUGAUUCAAGAUGGGCAAGCCUGAUCAAAAGAACAUUUGGAAUGUCAGUGUUGCAAAGUUGUGUGUUUAGAAUGUGCAGGACGAAAAAAAAAUCCAAAGCUUUGGACAAGUUUUUAUUCUGUCAUGGUGGAGCUUGUUGGAAACAAAUACCUACCCAUAUUGUUAAAGUAACAGCCCCAGAAUAGCUUCCUCUGGAAAAAGAGACCAACUCAAGAUCCUGCCUGGUAUACCACAAUCUCAGGGUCAAGUGCAAUGGGGUUUACCCAACAUAUCCAUAAAUAGUUCAAUUAUAAAGAAAUUACUUGGUGAACAGUGGCAGAAAGUCACAAAUUCGUCUCUGCAAAUCUGCCAGGAAGGACUUUGUUUUGCACACAAGCCAUGGGAUGAUGUUUUAAUAACUGUUUGUGAGACCUGCUGAUUUCCUUCCUUGGCUGAAGCAGUGGAAUUGCCUCUGGUUCAUGCUGGCAUCUGAAAACAGGGCUGUAUGCAGUAAAAACCGCCUGGCUGUGAACUGAUUUGCAGCCCCAAAAGCAUUAUGCGGGAGUGUUCAAUGAGAGGCUUUUGAAAUGAAAGAAUGAGAAUGUAUACACUGUAAGUAUUUUUCAUCUCCCUGUACAAAUAUCUCACUUGAACUUCGGUAAACUUUUGUGUGCUGGAGCUUUUUAAAAAUAAUAAUUUCAAAAGCUGCCUCUUGAAAUUAAACUGUACAUAAUCAGCAGUGUAAAUUCCUAUUAUCAAUUUGUAUAAAGUGGUCUUAAGGAAUGUUUUAAUGAAAAUUGUAAAAUUAUUUGUACAAUAAAGCAGCACUUUCCUAAA